GCAGUCUCGUUUCGGCGAUCGCUCGCAGUCGGUCGGAGUUGGUGCGCGCGUGGGUGCAAAGGUGAACGAUUGGAGAACAGAAGGGAGAAAAAAAAAAAAGAAGACCUCAGGACGAAAAGUUUCGCGCGAACAGCGAGCGAGGUAGCUUUAGGCGAGGCGAAGGUGAGGAUUUAAUUGGCAAGGAUGUCAAGUGCGUGAGAGAGAAGAAACAAGAAGAAGAGGAGAGCCGGAAAAUGCGGGCGCGACACGUCGUAGCAGUUUUGACCACUUUGUUGGUUAUCAUACAGGGGGCUCCUCAAAAUCUCAGGCGUCGGGAUUACGAGCAGCAUUCACGUGAGGCCUAUUUCAACGGCUCGGCAUUUUUGAAGCUGAGUUCCUUCGUAUCCGUGCACCGUCACAGCGGUCUCAGUUUUCGCACUUGCGAUCCCGGCCGGUUGUUUUUGCAGAAGUACAACGAUGAUUCGAUUAGUCUUGAAGUGACGCCCGAGGGAUUGCUGUUCGUGGCCGUGAUCGAUCAGCAAAGAUACAGGGCCCGGUUAAACGCCAGAUUGCUCAACAAUGCCUGGCAUACCGUUAAUCUGUUCUUCAGACUUGGCAAUCUUACGUUAAACGCCGCGGGACACACUCAGAUGGUUGCAAAUGCGACGUUCAAUUCUGCCAUCCUGACACUUCCCGAUUACAACGUAGACAGCAUACUUAUAGUCGGCGAAGGAUUCAAAGGAUGCAUUUUGCAAGGACCCGGGCUUCUAUUCAACGGCAGCAUCAAUAACGGAGCUGUGUUCGGGCCCUGUCCGGAAAGCAAAGGAUGUGGCGCGAGCGGCACAGGAGCCAUCGCCACGACCUCCUCCUCCUCCACGGAUUUCUGUCAUCACGAGCCGUGCAUGAUGCGUGGUAAAUGCGUGUCGCGGCUGGACCGCUACGAGUGUCACUGUUACGCCCGAUACUCCGGCAACAACUGCGAGAUUGACAAUGGCUCACCUUGUCAAAACGGUCCGUGUCGUAACGGCGGCACUUGCAACGAAGACGCGCGAGGCGACUUCAGCUGCAGCUGCAAGCCCGGUUUCACUGGCAGUCUUUGUGAAUCGCAGUUAGGAGUGCGACUGUGCGAGCAGAAUCCCUGCAGAAACGACGGUGUUUGCAUAGCGAUAACGGACAGCGAGUACAAAUGCGAGUGUCAGCCUGGUUGGACCGGGAAAAAUUGUGAAACCAAUAUCAACGAGUGCGCCUCGAACCCGUGCAAGAACGACGGCAUCUGCAUCGACGGUAUCAACAAUUACACUUGCAGAUGCGACAGAACCGGUUACGAGGGAGCCAAUUGCGAGGUGGACAUCGACGAGUGCCUGGCAAAUCCGUGCCUGAACAAAGGCGUGUGCUUCGAUUAUUACGGCAGUUACAUCUGCCACUGUCCGACGGGCUUCGAGGGUCAGAACUGCGAGCUCAAUCUAAACGAGUGCCUGUCCACACCAUGCGCCAACGGUGGUGAGUGUAUCGAUGACGUGGGCACUUACCACUGCGAAUGUCUCCCCGGAUUCACGGGUCGUCACUGCGAACUCAGGAAUCUUUGCAAGAACGCGGCUUGUCCGCCCAACAGUAUCUGUGUGGAAGACGUGCACGGACCCCAAUGCGUCUGCAAUCCGGGCUUCAUGGGCAAUCCGCCCAAUUGCACUGUAAAUUACUGCGCAAGUAAUCCAUGUGCCAAUGGCGGUACCUGCACCAGCGGCAGAGACGGUUUCAACUGCACCUGCCUACCCGAAUGGAGAGGAAAGACCUGUCUGACCAGUAUUAACGAAUGCCGUUCACAACCGUGCCAAAACGGCGGUGUCUGCAUCGACCGCGUCAAUGGUUACAUCUGCAACUGCACCAGAGAUUUUAUAGGUGAAAAUUGUGAACGGGAAUACGAUGCCUGCGUCAUAAAUCCUUGCCAGAACAACGGCACGUGUAUGUUGAUUUCAAGAUCGAAAAGAGACUUCGUGUGCGAAUGUCCACACGGCUUCGAAGGCAAGGUGUGCGACGUGAAUAUCGACGAUUGCCUAGGCGUGGCGUGUCCGGAUGACAAAGUUUGCGUGGAUGGUAUCAAUGGUUACGAAUGUAAAUGCCCGGAGGGUUACAGGGACCCUAAUUGCACGCUGAUCAUAGAUCACUGCGCCAUGAAACCGUGCAACAACGGCACAUGCAUCGACCACGGCGAGCACGGUUUUGAGUGCAAGUGCUUGAACGGUUUUCAAGGUCAGUACUGCGAUCUCGACGUGAACGAGUGCGAGCUACACGGCAAUUCCCUGUGUAACAACGGUAUUUGCAUCAACACCGAAGGCGGUUACAACUGUUUUUGUCGACCAGGUUUCUCCGGUGAUCAUUGUGACAUUGACAUUGACGAAUGUCUGUGUAGUCCGUGCAAAAACAACGCCACGUGCAUUGACGGGAUCAACACGUUCGAGUGUCAAUGCCCGGCUGGCUACACCGGCAAGACUUGCGACGUUGAUGUAAAUGAGUGCGAUAGCAAUCCGUGCGUGAAUAGGGGUCAGUGCAUAAACGGCGUGGCGACGUACACGUGCGUAUGUCCGCCGGGCUUCUCCGGCGCAAAUUGCGAGAUCGAUAUCGACGAAUGCGAAUCAGUACCUUGUUUAAACUUCGGCAAGUGCAUCGACGGCGAAAACGGUUACAUCUGUGAUUGUAGCGAUACUGGUUUUGAGGGUCUGCAUUGCGAAAAGAAUAUUGACGAGUGUCUGUCGCAACCGUGCAAAAACGGCGGACUUUGCGUGGACGAUGUCAAGAACUACAAGUGUCAGUGUUACGUCGGAUACACUGGCCGAAAUUGCGAAAUAGACGUGGACGAGUGCGAGAGCUCGCCUUGUCAGUACAACGGCACUUGUCUCGAACGAUCGAACAGAGAACUCUACAAGACUGAGGCUCAGAACUUACCCGCGAUUUUCAAUCAGGAAUUCAGUUACGCCAACGCCAGCGGGUAUGAGUGCCUCUGCGUGCAAGGUGUCACCGGUAAGAAUUGCGAGGUGAACAUCAACGAGUGUGACAGCAAUCCGUGCGGUCCGGGCAAUUGCAUGGAUCGCAUCGGCGGCUACACCUGCGAAUGCGACGAAGGUUACGAAGGUGAUCAUUGCCAACACGAGAUCGACGAGUGCAAGAGAUACAAUCCCUGCGAGCACGGUGUGUGCACCGAUGGCAGAGCCGAUUAUUUCUGCACCUGCGACUCGGAGUACGGGGGCAAAAAUUGUUCGGUCAAACUGAUCGGCUGUCAGGGCAACGCUUGUCAGAACGGCGGCACUUGUUGGCCCUAUCUGGUCGACGAGACCAUUCACAAGUUUAACUGUACUUGUCCCAACGGCUAUCACGGUGAAGUCUGCGAUUAUGUGACAACGAUGUCUUUGGGUGGCAGUUCGUACGUCUUAGUAAAUACAACACGCGACGAGGGUUACGACAUUCAGUUCCGCUUCAGAACUACUCUACCGAACGGUCUUUUGGCAAUUGGGAAGGGUGUGACCAUUUACAUUCUCCAGUUGGUAAACGGCAAGCUCAACAUCCACAGUAGUAUCUUAAAUAAAUGGGACGGUGUUUUCGUCGGUAGCGGUCUCAACGAUUCAACGUGGCAGAAAGCUUUUGUGGCGAUAAACGCGACACAUCUCGUUCUCUCAGCCAACGAGGAACAGACCAUCUAUCCGAUCAGUCCUAACGAGGGUUCUAAUUCAUCGAAUCACACGUCCUUUCCCACAACCUACGUGGGUGGCAGUCACAUCAGCUCUUUCAGCUUUUUGAGACGAUUAUCUCGCUUACCGUCGUUCACCUUUUUCAUCGGAUGCAUGGAAGAUGUCGUCAUUAACGGCGAAUGGGUCUAUUCCGGCACCACGUCGAAGACGGUAUACAUAGAGGACGUGGAGCCCGGUUGUCCUCGUGAGGCACAAUGCUCGCCUAAUCCUUGCAAAAAUGGCGGCCACUGUACUGAUCGUUGGCGCGACUUUUAUUGUAAAUGCGAGCGUCCUUAUCUCGGUCACACCUGUCAGUACAACAUGACUGCUGCAACUUUCGGUUACGAGAACAUCACGAACGGGUACGUGACCGUGAAGGUCAGCGAAGCGGCCAGGCGAAGCGUCAGCUCGGUCGUCGAUAUUUCAAUGUUCAUUCGCACACGCGAGACACGCGGUGACAUUUUCUAUCUGGGCACGGAGCCGGAUUUUCAGGGUGAUCAAAAACCCCAGGAAAGGACUUACAUAGCGGCACAGUUAGAAGGCGGAGAACUGCUUGUGAGAAUUCAGUUCAACGGUACCGAGGCUUAUACCGUCGGUGGAGUGAAACUUAACGAUGGAAACAAUCAUCUGAUUCAAGUAGUGAGAAAUGUCACUCUCGUCCAAGUCAAGAUCAAUGGCACUGAACAUUUCCGCAAAACCAUCAGUGCCACGGGAGAUCUGAACGUGACGGUACUCUAUCUAGGUGGUCUGCCGCAGGUGUCACGAUAUAUUCGUCAGGUCGACAGUAGACAGAUGGAAGUACAGCAAGCGCCGCAGAUUAACUUCAAAGGCGUAAUUCAGGAUGUGCAAAUAUCGAACGGCACGAAAACGAUGGUUGUGGAAUUCUUCCCGUUAAAGGCACACGACACGCAUAUUCCUACGCUUAUUCAAUUCGGUAACGUUUCCUUCGAUCACGAGAAAGUUCUCGAGGGUGUAGUAUCAGAUAACGUGUGCGUGAGCAGUCCGUGCAACCACAACGGUACGUGCCACAUUACGUGGAACGACUUCUGGUGCGAGUGUCCGCGCGGUUACACCGGCAAGACCUGUCAGGAGAUGGAGUUCUGUCAGCUGCAAGACUGUCCCGCGGGAUCGCGCUGUCAAAAUCUUGACGACGGUUACGAGUGCAUUGCCAACGCAACUUUUGACGGUGUCUCGACCGUUUUCGCGUACUCGUACGGUCGCGCCGACGACACAAACACCAGUGACUCGACCCUCGACACCAUCGAAAUCACUUAUCGAUCCAACACCGGUGGCGUUCUGCUCCACAUGACGCCUAAUGUGGGCGAUCAACAUUUCACCGUGUCCGUCCUUAAGGACGUCGUCACCGUGUUCUGGCGGCUUGACGAGGAAAAUUACAACACCGUCUCUUUUGCCAAGUCUCAACCUGAUGGAAACUGGACCUCGUUGCUGAUCAAACUGAACAACAACUCUCUGGAAUGCGGUUUCACCAAUCCCGCCGAAGACCAACUUCGUGCGAAUUCCAAUUUCAAUUUCCAACUUUGGCACGAUCUCUUGGUAACCGGAACAGUUAUUCUCGGUGGACUUUCCAGUUCUUUGUCCUUCGAUAGGGAUACAUACGUCACCGUUGGAUCUAGAUAUGAGGGAAGAAACGGAAUCGAAGAGGGAAAUAGCGUAGAUUAUAACGAACAUAAACUCACGACCAUUCCACCGCCGCAAAGUGGCAUUAUUUCCGAAGAACCGUUCAAAGGAUGUCUAGGCGAAGUGCGCAUUGGCAGCAUGUUGUUACACUACUUCUCGUACGACGAGAUAUACCAGAACGCGAAUUUUACGCCGUUGGAGUUUCUGACAUUGCAGAUCAACGAUAAUGCCACCCAUCUCGAUAGUAUCGGUUGUCAGUUGUGCUUCGACACGGACUGCAAAAAUAAUGGUACCUGCUUCGAUAUGGCAAACAGUUACGUGUGCGAAUGCCCUGCCGGAUACGCCGAGGAUGAUUGCUCCUUCGAUAUUGACGAGUGCAACGACAACAAGUGUCAAAAUGACGCACUGUGCGUCGACGGAAUCGCCAACUAUACUUGUGUGUGCAAUCCCGGCUGGCAAGGAUGGCUAUGUGACAGCGACGUUAACGAGUGCGUGGCAAAGGGUGGUCCGUGCCAGAACGGCGGUGUUUGCGUAAACGUACCGGGCUCGUUCAGGUGCGUAUGUCCGGACGAGUUUACCGGCGAAUUGUGCGAGAGCUUCCGGUUGAUUACUUGUGAAAACGAUCCGUGUAAGAAUGGCGCGACCUGCAUAGACUUACCGAAUCCGAUAACGGAUAACAACUUCACUUGCACCUGUAUGCCUGGUUUCGACAGUCCGACCUGUGACACGCCUUAUUGCAUCACCAAGAAGUGUCAGAACAGCGGUAGAUGUGACUUCCUGUAUCAGACGCCAAGAUGCACUUGCAUCCCCGGUUUCACCGGUAUGUAUUGCGAAAUAAACAUCGAUGAUUGCGCACCAAAUGCCGAGGGUGAAAUACCUUGUAAAAACGACGGCAGAUGUUACGACGGGGUGAACAACUAUACGUGCGACUGCCAAGGCACCGGAUACACAGGUCCCAAUUGUUCCAUUGACGUGAACGAGUGCGAAACCUUGGAGAUCGAUUGCGGACACGGUAAAUGCGAAAAUCUGCCUGGUAUCUAUCAGUGCAUCUGCGAACCCGGCUAUUGUGGCUACAAUUGCGGCAUGAUGGAUCCCUGUCGAGAAAAUUAUUGCUACAAUGGUGGCACGUGCGAAUGUUAUGAUGCGAUUGGUGGAUACCAAUGUCGAUGCGCUCCCGGAUAUAGAGGACAAAAUUGUACAGAGCCGGAUCUUCAGUUAGGCAGUCAAGCUCUCGAUGUGGCGCUAAUUGUAGGACCAAUCGUAGGGUGUUUUCUUCUUAUUGUGAUUGGCUUCCUCGUGGCACUCUUCAUGAUGGCAAGAAAGAAGCGUGCAACACGCGGCACGUAUAGUCCAAGCGCUCAGGAGUUCAGCAAUCCGCGAGUAGAAAUGGAUAACGUGCUUAAACCUCCGCCGGAAGAGAGAUUGAUCUAAUUGAUCGGCAAUAGGUGUUAAUGUAAUUAGAUAAUACGUAUAAAUCUCGUUAUAUGUGCGAUGCUAUUCAAAAGCGCAAAUCUUAUAUGCAAAGACGUAGCCUAGUCCCCCCAAAAAAAAACCAAUUCGUCAUUAGAAAUUUUAUAAACCGAAAUAGUCUCGAUAACAAAAAAAAAAAAAAAAAAUUAGUGGACGAAGUAAAACAAUUUUGUUAUAUUGUGUCUUCUAGUCUUCGGUGUUUUAUCGUUACAAAAAACUAGAUGAAUUAGAAGAAAUUUAUUUUAAAACGUAUUAAAAUAUUUAUAACUCGUUUUAGAAUUGAUGCGACAAAUCCCGUAAAGAUCUUUUAGUAAUUUUAGUAAUUUGUCGGUUUCUCUUACAAAAUAAUCGUGAAGAGGGGAAAAUUGUUCAUUAUUAUGCUAAUAUAAAAAAAAAAAAACAAGCGAUAUGCUUUAACAACAUAUUUAUCGUAAAAAACAAAACUUAUCGAUUAGUUUAUGUUUUAACGACCUCCGGUAACUCGCGAUAUCACGUUGAGACAAAGUGAAUCUGAUAUUUUGUUUAUUUCCUGAAUGACAAAUGUCCCAGAGAACGAUAUUAUACAUUGCACGCAGAAGUAUACAUUCGAAACAAUCAUUUAUGUUUGGAAAGUGUUUAGGAGUCUUGAUCUUUUUUAAUUGAAUAUGAGGGACCAAAUAAUAUAUAUGAUAUUUUUUAAUAUUCAAAACCUGACGAUGAAAAAUACAAGAAUCUUAAAGGCUUCCUGAAUGAUGACGAUAUCGACGAUUUAGGAGUGACUCGCGCUUCUCUCUCUGGGACACUUCGUAACGCGAAUAAAAAUUGAAAUCGUAAUAGAGGAAGUGUACUUAAAGCUUUUAAAAGUGUCCUUAAGGCGUUUAAGCAAUACUCGAGGGAAGCAAAAUACGAGCUAAACAAUCCCGUCCAUCUUAGUGCCUAAUCUGUCUAUGUUUCUCUGUCUGUCUCUUUCUGCCUAUUAUAUAUAGGAUAUACUUUUUUCCUUUAUAUACAUGUAUAUAAA